GAAUAUGAAGGUGAUACCUUGGCGUCAGUCAAUGUAGAGGAGGUGUGUCAGGUGCCUCUCACACCAACAAUGGAUUCUGGAAUUGACUCGACCGACAGUAGUAAUGGUAGUGUGGAGGAUGGUGGUGGUGAUGGUGGUGGUAGUGGUGGUGAUGGUGGUGGAGAUGUGGUAAUGGAGGGAUCAGCCGCCUCACCCAGCAGAGUUCCUCACUUAUCUCCCUCACCCCGGGCUCCUCAUCCCUCACCUAGCUCUCCCAUCCUCUCUCCCUCACCCAACUCCCCUCACCCGUCUCCUGCACCCAACUCGCCUCCGUCACCCAGCUCUCCUCUCUCAUCACCCAGUUCUCCCCACUCGCCGUCACCCGUCUUUGCUCACCCACGUACCUCAGAGGUUGCUCUAGCACCCACUACACUCAGGAGUCUGGCAGCCGCCGCAGCUGCCACUAACACUUUGCCAUCACCAUUAAAGACACUGGCUGCAACUACCCUUAACGUCAUCCCAACAGAAGGGAUAGAGAACUGGAAGAACAAUAAUGAUUCCGAGGUUUCAGCCAGAGGAAGAAAUAUUGCUAAUAUCCAUAACAACACGUCUGCUUCUGUUUUUAAAAUGCCUAAGAUGGAUGUUCCUGAAGGCAGUCGACUGCAGCUACACUUUCCUCUUUCUGAGGGGGAAAGCUUAGAGGAAGGUGGCACAACAUUUGAGCUGGAACCUCCGCCAGGACUCACUUUUGCUAAUGUCUCGCCCUCUAUGUUUCUGAGCCGUGGCUAUGAAGCUUACUCUCAAGGCUAUUCAGUAGUCCCCUAUGAAAACAACGCUCUUCAAAAGAAAUUACGAACUCUUCGACUAAAAAUGAGACAACAGCAAUAUCAAGUCCUCUCCCCAAAAGCUAAAGAAAGAAAACUUCGCAUAGCUGUUAGCUUAAAUAAUGUUCAAACCGUUGAACGACUUUUAAGAGAAGGCGUUGACCCUAAAGUUACUGAUGAUAAAGAGAGAUCUCCUCUGCACAUUGCUGCUUCUAAAGGCUACACAGAUAUUGCAAGACUGUUGCUUCAAUAUGGAGCUGAUCCAAAUCAACGAGAUGCCAUAGGCAAUACAGCCCUUCAUCUUGCAGCUUGUACUUCGCACAUUCCCACAGUCACUCUGCUCUUGAAAGCAGGUACAAAUGUGAGACAGACAGACAACCAGGGUUAUUCUCCUCUGCACCUGGCCCGCUCCAAACUUAAACUCUUGCAGAGAGAUAAUAACUCCUCUUCUCAAGAAAUUAAGAAGCAAGUUUAUCAGGUUAUAGAAAUGAUGCAGACUUUCCUUGAGUGCUCUGGAAGUGUAGAGGAGGCUGAGUUGCUCACGUCCUUCACUAGUCAGCUGUCACUCUCAGACUCACGGCAGCAGGUGGAAAGUGAUGUGCAGGCACUUCUCAACUCUCUGAAUGAUCUUAGUCUUGUCAAGUCCAAAGCUGCAUGAAAGCUCAGGGAUGCUUACUUAACUAUAUCAUCUGUUGUAAACGUUUAAACUACAGUGCUACAAUAUGGAAUGUUGUGAACAUUAACCGUUGUAAAAUAUACUAGUUAAACAGUGUUUUCAGAUACUCGGGGGCCUUAAAGAAGUUCUUUCAGAAGUCUGAGGUGUACAGUGUUUUUGACUGCAGAUAAUACUUAUACAGUAUAUUGUAUUUUUUACAAAAUAGCACAUUAAUUGAUGUAAUAUAUGAAGGAUAACUGAUAUAGUAAAUGAAAUAUAGCUGAUAUAAGUGAUGUAAUAAAUGAAGGGCUAAC